AUGUCGCAUGCUCACCACGUCUACUUCACACCAGAUAAGAAGUUCCUUCUUGUCAAUGAUUUGGGUGCUGACAAAAUCCAUAAGUUCAAAGUUAAUUCUCAGGCUCCUUUCCUCUCAGAAACAUAUGAAGACAUCAGUGUUGAGCCAGAAUCAGGACCUCGCCACUCAGCUUUCACAAAAGAUGGAAAAUUCAUGUACUUGAUCAAUGAACUUAACGGCCAAGUAUACGGAUUUUCUAAUAACAACAGUACAUUUACCAAAUUCCAAAGCAUUGCUUGCGAUGAAGUUGAAGCAAGAGGAUCUGCUGAUAUUCACAUUUCUCCAGACGGCAAAUUCCUCUAUGCAAGCAAUAGAUUGAAGCGUGAUGGAAUUUCUAUUUACAGAAUUAAUGCCGAAAAUGGACAUCUUGAAAAAGUCGGAUAUCAAUUAACAGGAAUUCAUCCAAGAAUGUUCGAAAUCACUCCAAAUGGAAAAUACGUCUUUGUUUGCUGCAGAGAUAGCGAUGCAAUCGAAAUUUACCUCCGCAAUCCUGAAACUGGAUUGAUUACAAAGCAAGACGAGAUCAGAAUACCUCAUCCAGUUUGUAUAAAGUUUGUUGAGUAA